AUGACUCGUUUCUGGAAGCGUGCUGGUAUCAAAGAAGAACAAGAUGGUAUUACCGUCGUAUUAGAUCAACGUAACUUGCGUACACCUAGUAAACAUAUUGUCAAGUUUCCUACCGAGAAAAGAGAAUUGGCCUUGAUGACAGCUGCUGAAUGGGAUGCACAAACAAAGAACUUAAAGGCACACACAUUGCCCUUGACUUCUAUUGUGGCUCGUUCCUUUGAUGCUUUCGAUCCAGCACUCACAGAAGAUCCAACUGUUCGACCUGCUGUGAUUGACAAACUAUUCACAUAUUUCGAUACAGAUUCUAUUUGCUAUCAUGAAGAUUUCCCUGAAGUCUUGACUGAGCUUCAAGAUAAAUACUGGACACCUAUUAUUGAUUGGAUCCAAAAGACAUACGACGUCAAGAUCAACACAACAAAAGAUAUCUUUGCAGUUACUCAACCAGAAGAAACCAAGGCUAAAUUAAGAACCAUCAUUGAAAAGAUGGAUGCUUUAGAAUUAGCAGCUUUUGAAAAGGCUGUGAUGAGCUCAAAGAGCUUCUUGAUUGGCUUUGCUCUUGUACAUAAUGGUAUCACAGUUGAACAAGCAGCUCAAGCAGCUCACGUAGAAAUGAAUGCUCAAAUGGACCGAUGGGGAGAAGUAGAAGACAGCCAUGAUGUAGAAAGAGAAUAUAUUAGACAAACAUUGGGUUCAGUGGCAAUUGCUGUGAUGCAUAAAUAUCAAUAA